AUGGUUGAAGAUCAAAAAAAAAAAAAAAAAAAAAAAAACCGGAUCACGGUAAUCUCAACUCAUUCCAGUUCAAAAGUUGACAACCAAAUUUCACCUUUCUCUCUCUGGAAACCUCUCACAUUUUGAUUUUGCUGUCACAAGCACCCACGCACAACACGAUCAAAUCCAAACUAUUUCAUUACAAACCCUAAUUUUCCAAUUUUACUCUCUUCUGAGGAGGAUUUGGAUAUGGAGUCGAGCAGUGAUCAUGGCGGGAAUAGUUUCAGAGGGGUGCCGACUCACGGCGGAAGAUAUGUGCAGUACAAUAUGUUCGGGAAUCUGUUUGAGGUUUCGAAGAAAUAUAUUCCUCUCAGGCCUGUUGGCCGUGGUGCUUACGGCAUUGUUUGUGCUGCUGUGAACUCUGAAACACGUGAAGAAGUUGCUAUCAAGAAAAUCGGCAAUGCAUUUGAUAACAAAAUUGACGCAAAGAGGACACUAAGGGAAGUCAAACUUUUGCUUCACUUGAGUCAUGAUAACGUGAUUGCAAUUAAAGACAUAAUACGGCCCCCGCAGAAAGAGAACUUCAACGAUGUCUACAUUGUUUCCGAACUAAUGGACACGGAUCUUCAUCAUAUUAUCCGCUCCAACCAACCAUUGGCUGACGACCAUUCUCGGUACUUUCUUUACCAAAUUCUGCGAGGACUGAAAUACGUUCAUUCUGCAAAUGUAUUGCACCGUGAUCUAAAACCGAGCAAUUUGCUCCUCAAUGCUAAUUGUGAUUUAAAAAUUGGAGAUUUUGGGCUUGCUAGGACAACAUCGGAAACUGAUUUCAUGACCGAGUACGUUGUUACUCGUUGGUAUCGAGCCCCAGAAUUGCUCCUAAAUUGUUCUGAAUACACUGCCGCAAUUGAUAUAUGGUCCGUUGGUUGCAUACUCGGUGAAAUCAUGACAAGACAACCUCUAUUUCCUGGCAAAGAUUACGUUCAUCAGUUAAGGCUUAUUACUGAGCUUAUAGGAUCACCAGACGAUGCUAGUCUCGGGUUUCUAAGGAGUGAUAAUGCACGAAGAUAUGUUAGGCAGCUCCCUCAAUAUCCGAAGCAGCAAUUUUCUGCUCGAUUUCCCAACAUUGCUCCUGGAGCUAUCGAUUUAUUAGAGAAAAUGCUUGUAUUUGACCCAACCAAACGUAUUACAGUUCACGAGGCUCUGUGCCAUCCAUACUUGGCACCACUUCACGAUAUUAACGAGGAGCCAGUUUGCCCUAGGCCUUUUUCUUUCGAUUUUGAGCAGCCAUCUUUUACUGAAGAAAAUAUCAAGGAACUCAUUUGGAGGGAAUCCGUAAAUUUCAAUCCGGAUCCAACUCAUUGACGGAUUUUUCUGUCCUAAAGGUAAAUUAAUAAUAAUUGUAAUGGUGAUGAUACAUAUCGGAAUAUCGAACUGUUCUAGCAUUUUAUUUUGGUUGUGAGCUCAAAUAACAUAAUGUACCGAGACCUUCGUUUCUUUAAUCAUAUGUUGUAUGUUUUGUAUGUCAAAUACACACACAUUACUAGUUUCGUUUUAUAGAUUUCAUUCGAUGGCUUGAGUCGAAUUGAAUCCUUCCUAUUUAUAGAUUAGUUCUUCAAUCAGGCCUUCGUUCGGGAUUGAAUUGGAUAGUAUUACACUGUCCAUGAUAAUGUAAUAUGUGAUUAUCUUAUGUUUAAGGUUUGAUUAUGCAAAACAUUUAGUCCUCGUUUGGUUGGGGAAA